AUGAAGGUUUGCUCCAGCCUGACGGCCCAGCCUCCUCUGGCCACACACCCUCACCGCCCCACGCCGCCCAUAUUCCACACCCUGCCGCACUUUCCAGAGCUUGCCACGCCAUCCAGCCACCAGGCCUUUGGGCCUGCAGGUCUGGGGCCAGGCGGCAGUGCCCCUGGCCCGGCCACGGUGCAGGCCUGGUACACGGACAACUCGGCUGACAACCCGUCGUGGCUCCACCACGCGGAGCCCGUGCGCCCGGUCGGCCUGGAGCAGCUGCGCGGGCUCGGGGUCCUUUACUGGAAAUUGGAUGCUAACGAAUAUGAGAAUGAUCCAGAAUUAGAAAAGAUCCGAAAAGAGAGAAACUACUCCUGGAUGGACAUAACAACCAUAGGCAGAGACAAACUACCAAAUUACGAAGAAAAGAUUAAGAUGAUUUACAAGGAGCAUUUACACCUGGAUGACAAGAUUCGCUUCAUCUUGGACGGCAGUGGGUACUCUGACGUGAGAGAUAAAGAGGACAGGUGCAGCCGGAUCUUCAUGGAAAAAGGAGACGUGAUCAUUCUCCCUGCCGGGAUUUACCACCGUUUCACACUGGACGAGAAGAAAUACGAGAAAGCCAUGCGGCUGUUUGUGGGAGACCCAGUGUGGACGGCAUACAACCAGCCGGCUGACAACUUCGAGGCCCGGAGGCAGAACCUGGAAUUUCUGGCGCAGACAGCCCAGCGGAGCCCGGGGGCCUCAUGCACCCCGGCCCCCCUUGUGAAGGUUCCAGGAUCAGUGGUCAGUGGCCCUGUGUCAGCUGGUGCCUCCAGCUCUGACCGAGUGAAUUUCAUCUCCCCAAAUGCAGCCAUUUAG